GACAGUAACUUGCAAAACACACAAAUAUUCGCUAUAAGAAAACAUUUUUUGAACGUUAUGUUAUGGAGUAUCUUCUUACCAUUGGUGCUGUUCGGAAACAGAGGAGUGAGUCUAAAAGUACCAUGUGGAAAACGUACCGAAGGUGUCGAAUACUGGCCGUGGCAUGUGACCGUCUUUCGGGAAAAUGCUGACUCCGAAUCGCCAGCUUGUGGUGGCACCCUACUCAAUGAAAAAUAUGUGAUCACCGCUGCGCAUUGUCUGUACGAUCUCGCGGGAAAUCGAAUCGAGAAUUGGUUUUUAAAAAUUUCCUAUGGUGUUGGAGCAACUAAAAGAAUAGUUUCGGUGGAUAGAGUAUAUCAUCCGAACAAUUUCGAUGUAGAUAAAUUUGAAAGCGACAUUGCGGUGCUGAAGAUGAAUACGUCUGUUCAGUUUGACCAACAUAUCGCUCCAGUCUGUUUCUAUAAGCUAUGGAAUUUCAAGCCAGCGGGCAACUUAACGAUACCAGUAUUAAUAAGUUCUACCAACAAUGUGUCGACAGUGGAAUGGACUGCUAUUUACUAUAUAUCUUGCUAUUCAGUCAACCGACACAUUUUUGACUCCUCGUAUAUCUAUAACAUCUGCAUGGGAAAUAUGCUUGACACAUACAAAUUUCAGAUCAAUCGUGGAAGUGGAAUACUAAUCAACAAAGAUGAUUCAUGGCACUUGGUUGGAGUAUUGCUGUACACUGUUGGUCCAAACGAGGUAGAUCCUACCUACGGAGGAGGCAUCGAAGUGGUACCAUUCGCGGACUGGGUCGUAAGAAUUCUUAACGGAAUGAUGAUAAGUGUUAGCGAACAAGAAUGUAACCGCUAUAAAGAAAUAGAAGUGCCACCGGAAAGUAGAACAUUUCACCCAACAAUUACCCUGCAGAAUAAAGUCAGUUCCUCAAAAAACCCCGUUUGUUACGGAACAUUGAUAAGUGAACGAUUCAUUCUGACAGCGGCAAUUUGUAGUAAAUUGACCACUAAAAUCUGCAUGCAACAUCAUUUUAUGAUAGUUUCGACAUACACCAAUUUCCAGUUCCACUUUCAUCCUCAUGAUACAAAUCGUCAAGGACUAGCUCUCGUAGCACUGAACGAAAACGCACGCAAUAUGCGAUAUUUUAUACAUUGCCUAUGGAAUGAGGAUACUUCCAUGGAAUUUUUGAUGGAUCUACGACAUGAAAUGAAAUCACUGGCCAAUGUUCGUGUCAAAUACCAACCCGGAAGUGCGGUCGAUGUUACUGUUGAUGGUGACAACAACUCGUUGCCCGCGAUGAUAUUUACCAAACCUGGUGAUGCCCUUUCAUUCCAACGGAUGGGAGAAAAUGUCAAGUAUGUGGUCGGAUUAAUCAACAAACAGCAAGGGAUGGACGAAAGCUUUCCGAUACAGGUGAUAAACGUGAUCAACUAUCUACAGUGGAUCGAGUCAACAGUUUGGCCGAAUAUCAAGCCAUACUAGGACCACAUUGAACAUCUUCCUAACCACAAACAACAGACAAUCAUCGACAGGGCCGGCGGAAAGCGUAGGUAGUAUGGGUAAUUACCCACAAGAAAUUUUGAACCAUUUCAAAAAAAUUUGAUGUGCAACGCAUGAAUCUCGCACUACACACAUUUGAAAAUAUCAAUGUACCACAAUUCCAUUUGCAUAAACGAACGUGAUUUAAUGUGAAUGUAAUGUAAGCGUGUGCAUUGUGAAAAGGGAAAAAAUCGUUACUAAUGGACCCCUCACCCACCCACUUUCUACCCACUCGGGCGUAAAGUGUUUCGCCGCCCCUGAUCAUCGACAGACAUAUAAUUCGACAUAGGGUUCGUCGCGGUGCGAAUGUAGGCGGUAAAUGAAUUGUCCGCACCGUAACCGCAAAAAAAUAUAAAAAAAACCGCACCGCUUGCCGCAACCGCAUUGCUUUUACCGCACCGCGCUGUAAUUCCGGAAAUGCGGUAGAAUUGUAUUUUUAUAAAUAGUGUUGAAAAAUUAUUCUUUUAUUUUGAAUAACCAUGUAUAAUAAAAUGUUAUUCACAUUUACACUAAAUUUAACUUUGACGGACUUUCAGAAUGUAGUGUUUAUGAAAAAACAACUUUUGCAAUUUCCAUAAUUAAAGUUUCGUACAUUUCAAGAAAAAUACUUCCGAAACAAGGUAAAAUAUUGUCAUUCCUCUAAAUAAGCAUAGCCCUAAACUCCUACGAAAUGUAACUGUAUUUCAUCAUCGUAUAUACAAAAACGUUCUUCCGCAGCAAUUAUUAAAACUUUUAUUUUAUCAA